UGGCUGUGAGUCAUGGUCACGCGCCUCUCUGGGUGUUUCCUGUUCAAAGUUUACUUUCACUUUCUCUGAACGUCGAGUCGCAGAUAGUUUUCUCCUCUGAAGCUGCAGCUGAAGGUAAUGUAACCCGUCUGAAGUGUUUGACUCGUUAACACAAGCUGUCGGCAGCUUAGUUCCACAGAAACAGCAGAAAGCUGCCGCUCGACGCUUCAUUUUAACUCAGUUUAACUGAGUUUCACUGGAAACUCGGGACGAAGGAGGCCAAACAGCCGCCAUUAAUGUUACAAAUCUCCGCCAUGUUGUGUCAAGCUGUUAGGCUCGUCGCUUCAGUUUAACUGGAAACUGUAUUUUUGAAUUGAAUAUUUCUGCUGCUUUAUAGUUCUGCUCUGUAUCUGCCUAUAUUUGACUGUUUACUUCACUGCGUGUUGUUACUUUUCAGAUUCAGAUUCACUAUUAAACAUUCAACUUCCUCAAAGUGUAUAAAACAGUUCAAAGUGGCUCCACCUCAGCCAGCUACAACACAGAGUUGUAGUUACACAUCAGUGACACAAUAAUAAAGUAAUAAUAUAACAGUGACAGCAGCCGUUCAGAUACACUUUGGUCUCAGAGAUGAAGUAGAAUAUUUGUUGCUGCCACAUUAGUUUGUCUGAAGUUCAGGUUCGCCUCUGUGGACUUUGGGCUCCUUAUCGAGGUUGAAGGUUCAGCUUUAUUGUCUUUAUACAACACAGGAUGGCUCAAUACAAUACAGCUGUAGCUCCUCCACACUGCACACACAGAACAGGUCUGAACAAAUAUUCACAAUAUUUUAAAUGAGAACGAAACGAAACAGAACAAAGUAUAUAAAAGUAUCACUAAAGGAAGAAAUCAAACGGAAACUAAAUGAAUACGAAGAGCAACGUAACAGAAUAACUCUCAGAAGCAGUUUAAUGUACAGAACAGUGUGCGCCUCCAACAUGUAGAGCUGAGGUCCAUUACAAUCAUUUGGGCGAAGCGACACUUUGCGUCAAACGCACUCGGACAAGUUUAAUAAGAAUCAUUCAGGCGUAACUGAAAGUUUAGUUUUGAACUGACUGAAUAUUAAAGAAACUGAAGCUUCCCGUCAAAUUCAAUCAGCGUGUCGGUGAAGGUAAAUCUGCACUUCACUGCAGCUUCAUGACGCCAUCUAGUGGCCUGAUAGUAGAAGUCCAGCAGCUGAUGGCAGCUUCCUCUGCCUCACUGCUGUCUGACUGCAUUCAGCUGACACUGAUAUGAAACAGAAAGUAACAGCCAAUCACUGGAGGAGCAGCUGAUCUUCUUACAGGAGAAAUGAUGGAAAGGAGGAUUUCAGUUGAUGUGCAGAUGAAGGAUUUGUGUUUCCUCUCCAGAUCAAAGUGUGUGUGAGCUGAUGUGGAUGUGAGUUCAGCAGCAUGAAUCAGUGUGAGGACAGAGAGGAGGGAGCCCCUCCCUCUAAAACCAGUCUGUGUGGGGAACAUGGCAGCCAGACCAGAGCUCAGAGGCCAGAGCAGCAGAGACCAGACUCUGCUGGACCUGGACCUGAGUCUGAACCUGAGCCCAGCUGUGUGUCCUUCAAGAGUGACCGGUCAAAUGAUCGCCUCAUUCUUUUCAAAGGACCAGCUUCACCACUGACAGAGAGGAAGCUGGAAAAACCAGAACCCAGCUGUGUGUCCAUGAAGAGUGACAGGUCCAUGGAUCCUCCUAUAUUCUUCAAAGAUGGACGUCACUCUGCUGAUCAAAGAGUCGACCAGGAGAGCUCAGAGGUUCCCAGUGGUCAGUCUGCCCAGCAGCAUCAAACACACCUGGACUCCAUAUUUAUGCUGCUGGAGGAGAACAUUGUCACUUUUGUGACGAACGAGCUGAAGAAGAUCCAGAAGGUUCUGAGUUCAGAUUACCCAGAAUGCUUAGAGAGUCAGAGGGAGGAUGAGGAGGUGUUGGACGGUGAGGAGGAAGAGCAGAGGAGGAGCAGCAGAGAGGCAUUUCUGAAGAUCACACUGCACUUCCUGAGGAGAAUGAAGCAGGAGGAGCUGGCUGACUGUCUGCAGAGCAGAAGUCAUUCUGGAGUUUGUCAGCGUAAACUUAAAUCUAACCUGAAGGAGAAGUUCCAGUGUGUGUUUGAGGGGAUCGCUAAAGCAGGAAACCCAACCCUUCUGAACCAGAUCUACACAGAGCUCUACAUCACAGAGGGAGGGACUGCAGAGGUCAACCAUGAACAUGAGGUCAGACAGAUUGAAACAGCAUCCAGGAAACCAGACAGACCAGAAACAACAAUCAGACAAGAAGACAUCUUUAAACCCUCACCUGGAAGAGAUGAACCAAUCAGAACGGUGAUGACAAAGGGAGUGGCUGGCAUUGGGAAAACAGUCUUAACACAGAAGUUCACUCUGGACUGGGCUGAAGACAAAGCCAACCAGGACAUACACUUCACAUUUCCAUUCACUUUCAGAGAGCUGAAUGUGCUGAAAGAGGAAAAGUACAGCUUGGUGGAACUUGUUCAUCACUUCUUUACUGAAACCAAAGAAGCAGGAAUCUGCAGGUUUGAAGAGUUCCAGGUUGUGUUCAUCUUUGACGGUCUGGAUGAGUGUCGACUUCCUCUGGACUUCCACAACACUAAAAUCCUGACUGAUGUUACAAAGUCCACCUCAGUGGAUGUGCUGCUGACAAACCUCAUCAGGGGGAACCUGCUUCCCUCUGCUCGCCUCUGGAUAACCACACGACCUGCAGCAGCCAAUCAGAUCCCUCCUGGGUGUGUUGACAUGGUGACAGAGGUCAGAGGGUUCACUGACCCACAGAAGGAGGAGUACUUCAGGAAGAGAUUCAGAGAUGAGGAGCAGGCCAGCAGCAUCAUCUCCCACAUCAAGACAUCACGAAGCCUCCACAUCAUGUGCCACAUCCCAGUCUUCUGCUGGAUCACUGCUACAGUUCUGGAGGAUGUGUUGAAGACCAGAGAGGGAGGAGAGCUGCCCAAGACCCUGACUGAGAUGUACAUCCACUUCCUGGUGAUUCAGUCCAAACUGAGGAACGUCAAGUAUGAUGGAGGAGCUGAGACAGAUCCACACUGGACUCCAGAGAGCAGGAAGAUGAUUGAGUCUCUGGGAAAACUGGCUUUUGAGCAGCUGCAGAAAGGCAACCUGAUCUUCUAUGAAUCAGACCUGACAGAGUGUGGCAUCGAUAUCAGAGCAGCCUCAGUGUACUCAGGAGUGUUCACACAGAUCUUUAGAGAGGAGAGAGGGCUGUACCAGGACAUGGUGUUCUGCUUCAUCCAUCUGAGCGUUCAGGAGUUUCUGGCUGCUCUUCAUGUCCAUCUGACCUUCAUCAACUCUGGUGUCAAUCUGCUGUCUGAACAACAAUCAACCUACCAUGAAUCAGCAGUGACACAGUUCUAUCAGAGUGCUGUGGACCAGGCCUGGCAGAGUCCAAAUGGACACUUGGACUUGUUCCUCCGCUUCCUCCUGGGACUUUCACUGCAGACCAAUCAGACUCUCCUACGAGGCCUGCUGACACAGACAGGAAGUAUCUCAAAAAACAGUCAGGAAACAGUCGAGUACAUCAAGAAGAAGAUCGAAGAGACUCCCUCUGCAGAGAAAAGCAUCAAUCUGUUCCACUGUCUGAAUGAACUGAAUGAUCGUUCUCUAGUGGAGCAGAUCCAACAGUCCCUGAGUUCAGGAAGUCUCUCCACAGAUAAACUGUCUCCUGCUCAGUGGUCAGCUCUGGUCUUCAUCUUACUGUCAUCAGAAAAAGAUCUGGAUGUGUUUGACCUGAAGAAAUACUCUGCUUCAGAGGAGGCUCUUCUGAGGCUGCUGCCAGUGGUCAAAGCCUCCAACAAAGCUCUACUGAGUGGCUGUAACCUCUCAGAGAGAAGCUGUGAAGCUCUGUCCUCAGUUCUCAGCUCCCAGUCCUCUAGUCUGAGAGAGCUGGACCUGAGUAACAACGACCUGCAGGAUUCAGGAGUGAAGCUGCUGACAGCUAGACUGGAGAGUCCACAUUGUAAACUGGAAACUCUCAGACUGAGUGGCUGUAACCUCUCAGAGAGAAGCUGUGAAGCUCUGUCCUCGGUUCUCAGCUCCCAGUCCUCUAGUCUGAGAGAGCUGGACCUGAGUAACAACGACCUACAGGAUUCAGGAGUGAAGCUGCUGACAGUUGGACUGGAGAGUCCACAUUGUAAAGUGGAAACUCUCAGGCUGUCAGGCUGUCUGAUCACAGAGGAAGGCUGUGCUUCUCUGGCCUCAGCUCUGAGCUCCAACCCCUCCCAUCUGAGAGAGCUGGACCUGAGCUACAAUCAUCCAGGAGACUCAGGAGUGAAGCUGCUGUCUGCUGGACUGGAGGAUCCACACUGGAGACUGGACACUCUCAGGGUGGAGCCCGGUGGAGUCCGAUGGCUGAGACCAGGUCUGAGGAAGUAUUCCUGUGAACUCACACUCGACACAAACACAGUGAACAGAAACAUCAAACUGUCUGACGACAACAGGAAGGCGACACAUGUGAAGGAGGAUCAGCCAUAUCCUGAUCAUCCAGACAGGUUUGACUGCUGGCCUCAGCUGCUGUGUAGAAAUGGUCUGACUGGUCGCUGUUACUGGGAGGUCAAGUGGAGAGGAAGAGUUGAUAUAUCAGUGAGUUACAGAGGAAUCAGCAGGAGAGGAGACAGAGAAGACUGUGUGUUUGGAUGGAAUGAUCAGUCCUGGAGUCUGAGCUGCUCUGAUGGUCGUUACUCUGUCUGUCACAAUAAGAGAGAAACAUCCAUCUCCUCCUCCUCCUCCUCCUCCUCCUCCUCCUCCUCCUCCUCCUCCUCCUCCUCCUCCUCCUCUUCUAACAGAGUAGCAGUGUAUGUGGACUGUCCUGCUGGCACUCUGUCCUUCUACAGAGUCUCCUCUGACACACUGAUCCACCUCCACACCUUCAACACCACAUUCACUGAACCUCUUUAUCCUGGCUUUGGGUUCUUCUGGUCCAGGCCUGGUUCCUCAGUGUCUCUGUGUUCUCUGUAGGAGGGAGAGUCUCCUCCUGUUAGAGAAACACAUCAGUUGAGUCUGUACAGGAUCACAGCUACAGAAAUCUUUCAGGUUAUUGUCAUAAAUUCAUCAAUGAACUCAAAGUGAUUUUCAAAGCUUCUCCAUCUAACAGCUGGAAAUAAAGCCCAACAUUUUCAU